CCGCACCUCCACCCCCAGCAGAACCAGACGUGCGUCCCCGCACUCAUCCCCCCAGGCAUGGACCCCUCCCAGGUCGAUAUCCGCACAUUCUAUCCGUACACACCCAACGAGGUCAAGCACCGCAAGCGCACCACCCGCGCCCAGCUCAAGGUCCUCGAAGGCGUGUACAAGUGGAUGACU